AUGAAUGCGAAUCUGUACCCAGCGAUGGCCGCAGAUAGACUCAUGUGGGACAAGGUCUGUCGGCUGUGCUCGGAGGAGAGAAACGAGAUGCUGCCAAUCUUUGGCGACGAGGGUCUGCAACGUAGAGUGGUGCAGAAGCUACGCGCCUGUCUGCCUGUACUUGUGUACCAAACCGAUCCGUUGCCGAAGCAGAUUUGUCAGUUUUGCGCGGCCAGACUAGACGACGUGUACCAGUUCAGAGAGUUUUGCAUCAACAUCUACAGGAGUAUGCACGCUGUGUUGCUGAAGUGCGAACAGAUGGAGUCUGCUCAGAUAUAUCUCGAAGCGAUGAAGAACUCGUCGGAUCCGUGCCAGGUACAACUUUGUAAGGAAAAGUCUAGAGCUCCACCACCGUUGGUUCCUUUAUCAAUCGUCAUGCCCUUCGAUGACUCAGCAACACCGAUUAAUCAAGUUAAUCAGGAUCAUUUUCAAAAUGCUUGCAUGGAAACUUUGUCUGAAUUACCCUGUGAGGUAGAAAUUAAGGAGGUGAAUACGGAUCCAAUUUUUAGUGCCGAAACUGCCAUUUGCAAACCGCUGAAUAAGAAGCGUAAAUUGUCAGAGAUGUUUGAUAUGGAUAUGCAAGCAAGAGCGGAGUCUGUUUUUAUACCUGAUAUGGAAGGAGCAAAAGCUCCUAAGUCAAACUGCCAAGCCAAGAAAGAAGAGAAACGAACCAGUAUUCUGGAACAAGUACUGACUGGUAAUUUGACGAUGAAUAAUCAUCAGAAUCUACAAUCUGAAGCAAAGUUAACUUCCGAAUGGUGGUGUGCACCCUGUAACAGUUAUUACAAAACAAAGGACAGUUUAAUGACACAUAUGCAGCACUGCCCGCGUGUAUAUACUUGUAAAAAGUGUUCCACGUCCUUUGAAUCUGUCGAAAUCUUAGCCAAACACGAAGCUAAUGAUCAUUUGAAGGUCAAGCUGGAUUUCACAGAAAACUUGAAUGACUGUGAUCAGUGCGAUCGGCAAUUCGUAAGAUGGGAAAUGCUGAAGCAGCACAGACUGCGCGAUCAUUUAGCUGAAUUGACUGAUGGAAGCAAUACAUGGUGUUCAUUAUGCAAUAGAUUCUUCCCUACUGUAGAAUCUUAUAAAAAACACACUCAGUUACAUCAAACAAACUCGGCGAUAUCUCAGAAAUUACCAUCUUCAGAAUUGAUGGUGGCAAAAAUACCAGAACGAAUUAGAGAAAUUAAACGGGACGAACAAUACUAUGAAAAUGUAAAAUCUCUCACGUGUCCCACUUGCGGGAAGAUUUGCACCCAGCAGAGCGCAUUAUCAAAUCACAUGCGCACUCAUGAACCGAAGAAGCACAAAUGCGACAUUUGCGGUCGGUCAUUCGGACUUUUAAUACGCUUAGCUGGACAUAGAAUAGCCGAGCAUAAUGAACAGCCAAUGAUGUCACCAGUCUUGUCAGCAAUCGAGCAAGAGGAGGCUUUAAAUGCUGAGAGGGAAGCGAGAGAAGCUAAAUCUCGCAGUGGCAAGAAAUCUUAUUCCGAGGUAAUGGAGAAGAACGAUGUCCCAAUAGAUGACGAGUCUAUAACAAAACGUAUUUCUGGUGGAAAUAAAAACGUAGCAAGAUGCGGCAUUUGCUCACAAUGGUUCAGCGAUCACACGACAAUGUUAACGCAUCUUCAGACACACUCUGAAUCUCAUAAGAGUUACACGUGUCACAUAUGUAAAAAAUCGUUCAAGGAACAAUCACAGCUAUUGAAGCACGAGGCUAGUCAUAAACGUCAAACGCUCGAUAAUGCCUCACUGUACACAUCCGCUGUUUAUAACAAAUCAUUCAUGGAUAAAGCGCAGCAAAAGACACACACGGUGGCUAAAACCUAUCACUGUCCAAAAUGUAAUAAAAUCUUUUUCAAAGAGGUAUCGCUGCUCACCCAUUUAUGCAGGGAUACAGCACAACUUGAAAAAAAAGUCACAAAGUCUCGGCUAAAGACGUCGCUUCAUGAUGGCAAUAAGACACACAAAUGCUCCAAAUGUGACGCAACUUUCGCAAGCUCGCAGUCACGAAACGCUCACAUGAAAAUGCACGCCGAGUACAUGCGCGGCAGUACAGCGCAGGCACACGAAGUUAAAGUCGAAGCAGACGAUGAACCGAUGCCAAAAUUGCGUCCGGAAACCCUAGAAUAUAUAUCUCCUAUUGAGCCAAAGGUUGAAAUUAACGAGCAGGGUACACCUCCGCCUCUUAAACGGACUCUCAUUAAAACAGCUAAUAACGGAUAUCGAUGUGGUGUAUGUCAAUCACCGUUCGUGUUAAGGGAAUUAGCUGUGGCGCAUUUGAGAUCUGCACAUCCUGUAAUGCCAUAUCAGUGCCCUUAUUGCAAAAAGCGAUUCACGACGCAGUAUACAUUUGCUCAUCAUAUCAAGACAGAGCAUCCCGACGAACCCGAGAAAUGAACAUCGUUUAACUUAUGCUAAAGAAAAUGGACAGAUCGAGAUUAUAUCACAGCAUGUGCCUCGUGUUAUGUGUAAAAGAGCGAGAGAGAAAGUUGUGUUUAUAGAUUAUAUACGAAAUGUGCGUAUAUGUGUAUAUACCUCACACUGUAUAUUGUGACGAUUUUUGCGACUGUUAAUUAGCCUUGAAAACUUUUCUAUUACAUAAUUGCAGACGUACAACGUUGAAGUGUUUGUUACGUGAGGCUAUUGAUAUUAGUACUUACACUGAACGUGCCUGUACAAGUGCUUUGUUAUACAACAUUAUACGAACAAUCGACACAGAUUUUUUUUCACAAUUUGAGAAAAAACAUUGUCAAAAUAACGAUAAGGUGGAGUUCGAGGAUCGAAACAUUCGGACGAUCGCAUAAAUUUUAGCGGCAACUAGCAACAACAGAAAUUUGCGCAAUUUGUACCAUAU